CGAGUAUAGUAGCUUUAACGUGAGAACAAAACACAAGAAGCCAGAAGUCAACAGCAUUUCUGCAGGAUGGCAGAUGAAGUGCAGUACGUUUCAGUGAUUUUCUCACACAAUAACCAGCAGUCAAAACUCCCAAACUACCAGGAGAAAGCAGAAGAUGUCACGUACAGUGAAAUAAAAGGAGCAAAACAUCCGCAACCCAAGCAGAAAGAAAAUCAAGCAGCCUCUCCAGUGUCUGCUGUCAAUGAAGAUUAUAAAGCUUGUCUUUUCAAAUUGCUGCUCCUCCUGUGUGUUUUGCUGCUGAUUGUCUGUAUCUUCAUGGCGGUAUACUAUUUCAGAUUUCAAUCAAAAGAACUCCAGAAUAACCUCUCAGCCCUGCAAUCCCGAUAUUCAGCUCUGAAUCUCAGCCUCUUUGAUUUGCUGUCCCAGUAUUCGGUCUUAAAUUCUAGUCACACUGGCCUGCUGAGUGACUAUUUCGUGUUGAAUAAAAGCCAAGCUGACCUGCACAACCAGUAUUCAAAACUGAAUGAGACUAACACUAAGCUGUCUACAAGAGUCAUGGCCUUAAGUAAAUACUGCCCUUCACAAAAUUUAUUGUCUGAAGGAAGCAACUGUUCUUUCUGCCCAGACAGCUGGCAGCCAUUCAACUCUGAAUGUUAUUACUUCUCAACUGAUCAAAUGGACUGGAACUCGAGUAAAUAUGACUGCCUAUCAAGAGGUGGACAUCUGGUGAUUAUAGAUACUGACCAGGAGCAGUCCUUCUUGGUAAAAAUGAAUCAAGCCAAUAAAAAAUACUGGAUUGGGUUAACAUAUUUUACGGCAAAAAAUGAGUUUCGCUGGGAGAACAACAUACCUGUGGAUGCAUCAAACAAGUAAGAAAAUAUAUUUAAAAGAAUGAUAUAACACUGCAAUAUUUAAAACUGGAAAUAAAUACAUAACUGUGUACCAUU